UUUCUAUGAGGGCGAUAUCUAGAUGCUGUCGUCAGCUGGUCGCCGUCCCUACUACGGAGUUGUACAUAUCAAGUACACAGCAACAUUUCCACCAUGGCGACGACAGCAUUAAGAUCAGUGCUGAAGGCAAAGGUCCCAUUUAAAGUUAGCCGCAUGUGCUACUCCUCCUCAGUGCCCACAACCAAGCUGUUCAUCGAUGGGAAGUUUGUUGAAUCCAAGACGUCUGAAUGGCUGGAUAUUCACAAUCCUGCCACCAACGAGGUGAUCAGCCGUGUACCCAAAGCCACCCAGGAGGAGAUGUUGGCUGCCGUGGACUCGUGCUCAAGAGCCUUUCGCUCCUGGUCGGAGACCUCCAUCUUGACUCGACAGCAGGUCUUUCUGCGCUAUCAGCAGCUUAUCAAGGACAACAUUAAAGAACUCGCCAAAUCCAUCACAGUGGAACAGGGCAAGACCCUCGCCGAUGCAGAGGGGGACGUGUUCAGAGGAUUGCAGGUCGUGGAGCACGCCUGCAGCAUCACCUCUCUGAUGCUGGGUGAAACCCUGUCCUCCAUCACCAAGGACAUGGACACCUACACCUACCGCCUGCCUCUUGGGGUGUGUGCUGGCAUCGCCCCCUUCAACUUCCCUGCCAUGAUCCCUCUUUGGAUGUUCCCCAUGGGCAUGGUGUGCGGCAACACCUACCUGCUGAAGCCAUCGGAGCGGGUGCCAGGUUGCGCCAUGCUGCUGGCCAAGAUGCUGCAGGAUGCCGGUGCGCCAGAUGGGACGCUUAAUGUCAUCCAUGGCCAACACGCUGCUGUGAAUUUCAUCUGUGACCAUCCGGCCAUCAGAGCAAUCAGCUUUGUUGGCUCAAAUCAAGCUGGGGAGUACAUUUACGAGAGGGGCUCUAAAAAUGGCAAGAGGGUUCAGUCCAACAUGGGAGCCAAGAACCAUGGUGUGGUGAUGCCUGAUGCCAACAAAGAGAACACUCUGAACCAGCUUGUGGGGGCGGCUUUCGGGGCAGCGGGACAGCGCUGCAUGGCUUUGUCCACAGCCAUCUUGGUGGGCGAAGCACGGAAUUGGCUGCCGGAGCUGGUGGAGCGCUCCAAGGCUCUGCGCGUGAACGCAGGAGACCAGCCUGGUGCAGACGUGGGACCUCUGAUCUCUCCGCAGGCCAAGGAGAGAGUCUGCAGCUUGGUGCAGAGUGGCGUGGACGAGGGAGCGAAGGUGCUCCUGGAUGGCCGAAACGUCAAGGUCAAGGGUUAUGAGAACGGCAACUUUGUGGGUCCCACCAUCAUCGGCAAUGUCACACCCGAGAUGAAGUGCUACACUGAGGAGAUCUUCGGGCCUGUGCUGGUUGUUCUCGAGGCAGAAACUCUGGAUGACGCCAUCAAUUUGGUCAACAGGAACCCCUAUGGCAACGGCACAGCUAUCUUCACCACAAAUGGCGCCACUGCACGCAAAUACACUCACGAGGUGGACGUGGGCCAGGUCGGAGUCAAUGUUCCCAUCCCGGUUCCCCUGCCUAUGUUCUCCUUCACUGGAUCAAGAGGAUCCUUCAGAGGCGACAUGAACUUCUACGGAAAACAAGGCAUCCAGUUCUACACACAGAUCAAAACUGUAACAUCACAAUGGAAAGCUGAAGACGCCACCCUGAAAAGUCCUGCAGUUACCAUGCCCACCAUGGGACGCUAAAUACUCCAAGUGCUGCUGUUCAGUCUGAUAAACCAGAAAACACUCUUCUCCCACAUACAAGACAAUAACAUGUCCAAUGUGAAUAGUUCAUCAACAGAAGUUAUUAAAUAAUACUCCCCCCUUUUAAAUACUUGAUAUUAGAUGUAUUUAUAUAUAGAUACUCUGUAAAUGUAAACCACUGUGACCAUGAUUUUAACAACAGAUCUGUACAGCUGAGAUGUUACUGGAUCAAUAUCAUUUCAUCAAAUACAACACCAGUAUUCAAA